AUGAGAGAGAUGCGUGAGUUGUACUUGAGCCUCCCGGGCGGUCUUGGCAUUCUGGUGGACAAAGAACGUGAGGCCUACAAGCAGGGCAUUAAGCAUCGAACAAGGGAUGCAAACUUGCUUCAACUAGAGAGGAGCUAUCCUUCAAGCUUCAGUUGGCUGUAUGAAAGGCCCCAAUGCCUGGACUAUGUCCAUCAUCAGGGAACUUGUGGCGCUUGCUACAUGUUUGCAGCCCUUGACUCUCUCUCUGAUCGGCACUGCAUCGAUACGACGAAUGCCUCACAGUUGGGGAAGGUCGAACAUUUGUCGGUUCAGAUGGCCUUGCUUUGUGAACCUCUAGGCAGACAAUGCUCUGGUGGGUGGGCAGAUGUAGGCUUCAACUACUCUGUGUGA